CCACCGGUAAAGCUGAAGCAGUGCUGUCAUUGAUUCAGUAGUAACACAUCGAGCUGCUGAGAGGAGACGCUGCAGAAGAACGAGAGACAAUCCUGUCCUUAUGAGCCAAAGGAGGGAGAGUCAAUCAAGCUGAAGAAAGCAACCAGUCGUCUCCUGGGGGUUUGCUGGCACCUGUAAAACCUUUCUUCUCCACCUUCGCCAUCCUUGAUAUGACUCUUUUUAAGAGUGAGCAUUGCAGCCCACAGUACAUGAGCAUGACCGGAGAGCUGAAAUCAAGCCGCUCGAAGACAGGAGGAGUCAAGAGGCCGAGCAGUGCUGUGUAUGGAUCAGAGUACGAGCUGGACUACGACUGCUACCAGGAUGAACUUUAUGACAGGGUGUUUGAUUACCAGCGCGUCCCAUCCACGGUGCCUGCUCUGCCCCACAGUUCCAGCCUGGCCAAGAGAGCACGCUCAUCUUCUUCCAGGCAGAGACGCAGCCGAGACUGCUCGUCUUCCAAGAGUUCCUCCAGACCCCACUCAUCCAGCAGAGCCAAGUUGAAAAUGGAGGAGCUGCAGACCAUAAAGCGCGAGUUGACGAUGAUAAAAGUGCAGAUUGAUGGCCUGCUGGACAGCCUGGACAGGAUGGACAGACAAAGGCAGGAGCACACAGGUUCUCCGUUUUCUCAUGGUGGGAGCUCAGGGGGUUCACCAUACCACCCAUCAACCAGCAGUCGAGAAGGAUCUCCCAGAACCCCCAGCCCGCGCCGAGGUGCCCGCAGAGACACUCCUGAGCUGGGAGAGGCCAGUGAUGACGAGCCACACAUGAUGAAUAAUCACAACUCUGACAUGGACGAUGAAAUGUGAAGCAGCACAGCUCAGACUGGUCUGCUGAGUGAUGUAGCAAGACAGAAGAGCCUGAUUGCAGAAGAAGGUCCCAGCUCAGUCUCCACGCCGGCAUCUCACCCCAACACCACAUGCAGCGUAAUACAGUGUGCAGUAGAAAUAAUCCAUCAGUAAAACUGGACAUUGUGAGGUUUAUAUUUGGUUUGUUCUUCAUAGCACUUGUGUGUGUAUUAACUCUCAUUCCUGUUUGUAGUGUCAGGUGUCAUUACAGCUUCUCCUGUUCUCCCUACACCCCUGUUCCAGAACACUGUUCUCCCUACACCCCUGUUCCAGAACACUGUUCUCCCUACACCCCUGUUCCAGAACACUGUUCUCCCUACACCCCUGUUCCAGAACACUGUUCUCCCUACACACCUGUUCCAGAACACUGUUCUCCCUACACACCUGUUCCAGAACACUGUUCUCCCUACACCCCUGUUCCAGAACACUGUUCUCCGUACACCCCUGUUCCAGAACACUGUUCUCCCUACACCCCUGUUCCAGAACACUGUUCUCCCUACACCCCUGUUCCAGAACACUGUUCUCCCUACACCCCUGUUCCAGAACACUGUUCUCCCUACACACCUGUUCCAGAACACUGUUCUCCCUACACCUCCUAGAACCUUAUUAAAUAAAAUGUAUUGUGUGCCAUUUAGUUUUUUUUUUUAUUUCAGGAACUGUAGAUCCUGAUAAUCAGUUGCUCCGAUAUUACGCCAAUAUAACAAAGUAAAUGUAAUUCGUUACUGUACUUGAGUAGCUUUUUUGCAUAUCUGUACUUUACUGUAAUAUUUUCAUUUGGGGAGACUUUUAUUUUAACUUCACUACAUUUCAAAGUCAAUUAUCAUAUUUUUUUACUGAAAUCAAUCAAACACGCAAGCAAGCAAACCACCAAUCAGGGUCGAGCUCGCGCUCUGUUUUCAACUUGUUCUGAUUGGCGCUUGGUGGCAUCGCCAACAUGCAGUUCAGCAUCAGUUUACCACCACUUUUUCUCAUUCAUUCAGUCCAUCUUUGCUUGCUUCUUUCUUCUCUCUGCAUUCUUUUUCUCCUUCCCUUCUUCCUUCCAUUUACAGUACAUUUUUACAUCUAUGUCAUUUAGCAAACCCCCUUAUCCUUAUAAACAUCUUUUCAGCGUAUUUUACUCCUCUUCUCUCAGUCCAUCUCCUUCCCCCCGUAGAGACGUUUCUUAUUCGUCUUCUCUUCAUGUCGACUGAGCCUCGUUCUGGAAUCCUCUUCUUCUGUGUCCACGGCACUUCAGCCUGAGAGUAACCGUGUGGGUCGGCGUGUAAUAAUGUGUAAUAUUGUAAAACUUCGUUUCGUGUGUUUCUCGCUGUCUGAUUUUAUCUUCCUUUUUUGUUUUUAAUCUCGGAAAAGAAAACAAAUAAAAGAAAUAUCUCAGACACUUUCAUCAAAAGUGUCCCGUUC